AUGACGCUUCCCGACAUGGAGUACUAUGAUUGGCUUCGUUUGGAUUUCCUCUUCUCCAAGGGAACUACCCUGCUGGUACCAGUAAUCACUCUACAGCUUUCGCUUCGGUACAAGAUGCAUCGGCAAAACGAACAUCUCGACCUGAGCAUCGUUCUGUUGACACUCAUCUUUUAGGGAAUUGUGCUCAUCCAUGGAGCUUUGAUCGUCGUCAUGCCUAAAGCUUGCAUUCCUCUCAAGAUGCACUGGCAAGACGGCAUCCUCGCGAACAUCUAUUCUCCAAUCGCAGUGUUGAUCCACUCUUCAAUCGAAGUGUUGAUCCACCCUUCAAUCGAAGGGUUGAUCCACUGCCAGUUCCUGUGCGAGGUCGCUUUCUCGGUGGUGAUGCACUUUUAUAUACGAGAGUCUUUGAACUCUCUCUUCAAGACGUGGGAAGGCGUCGUUCUUGCAGAAUUGGAGACUGCUCUGGAGAUCUUCAUCUCCUCCAGCCAUUCCAGCUUUAUUGAGGUCGUUGUGUAA